AAGAUGUAGAAAAUUGAUUUUUUGAAUAAUUGUUUUAAAUAUUCUGUAAAGAUGGGUAAACCCUUGGGUGAGAGAACCAUUUGUCAACGUUUAAAGUUGGGCGAGCCGCUCGCUGAUAUAACCCAACAUUAUCAAUCUUAUAGCUCAACAAUAUCAAGCAAAAAGCCAGAGGACCUUUGGUUCCAUGAAAAAUUAACACGGGGAAACGCGGAAUUUAACUUAAAGAAGUACGGGAAUGAACAGGGCAUGUUCCUUGUCCGAGAAAGCAUCAACGUCCCGGGCAGUUUCGUAUUAUCACUCACACAUAACGGGAAGGCUCAACAUUUCCAAAUAAACACUUCAAUACAUUCCGGUUGCUUCAGCAUCGAUAACGGACCUCCCUUUGUGGGACUUGACCAACUUAUUGCUUUUUAUAGAGCUGCUUCCAAUGGCUUACCCACCAUUUUAACACGUUCAUGCGUUGGUUACGAGUUACGCCCCUCCCUCCGACAGUUCGGCACAAACACCAUCUUACACCAAGCUGUUGACGAAGAAGUAGAAACCGGAGUCUUCAGGAAGAUCUUGCAAUCAAACCACUGUCCUAACCUCAAUAUAAGAAAUCUAAAUGGACGCACAGCUUUACAAGAAGCAGCCGCUCGUGGCUUCAAUGAUUUGGUUCUCGAGUUGUAUAAACAUGGUGCGGAUGUGAAAACGAGAGAUUAUGAAGGGAGUUCAGCAUUGCAUCUUGCCUGUGGUGCUGACAAACCAGAGACGUGCAAGAUAUUAGUGAAGCAUUGCCACGCAAAACCACAAGAUAGGAAAUGUAAAUCAGGAUGGGUUCCAUUACAUGAAGCUAGUUACUGUGGCAACCAUGCUUGCAUUGAAACAUUGCUUGUGCAUGGAGCUGCUUGCCAUCCACGUUGUGUAAAUGGGGAAACACCAUUGGACCUGGCACGUAAACGUAACCACCGGCAGUGUAUCCAAGUAUUGGAGCGAUACCGACCUCCUAAACCACAACGCCCACAAACCAGUUGGUUGCACGAUGCUAUGGAUAGAUUUAAAGCUGUAGAAAUGCUUGAGAUGUCUGGUCUUGUUGAUGGUUCAUUCAUGGUUAGAUUGAGUAAACGUAACCCCGGUCAACAUGUGCUUACUAUGGCUCACGAUAAAACUGUCUACAAUUAUGAGAUAAGGAACCGGGGCAACCAGUGGUAUUACAUUGAUGAUGGUCCAUUAUUUACGUCGCUCGAAUACCUUGUAGAUUAUUAUUGUCGAUGUUCGGACGGACUGCCUGCUGAACUAACUUCACCUGUACCAUCAGCAAGAUACAAUCACCAAUUCGAUCGACCUCCAAUUCUCCCCCCUCCUACUCCUGUUAAGCCUCCAGUGGUUGAAGACAAGAAGAAGUUUGUGGACCACCAGCGCCACGUUCCCACCCCCACACCCCCGAGACCCCGGAUUAUUAAACCUGAGCACGUGGUGUUGGGGCGUGAGUUGGGACAAGGAGAGUUCGGAUCCGUGCUUAAUGGUGUGUGGACCAACCCUGCUGGCAAACAGAUUCCCGUUGCACUAAAAACCCUCCACGGUGAGCACAUAAACACGGGGGAGACCGAGUUUCAACGGGAAGCUGAGGUGAUGAUGGAGCUAGACCAUCCAUGUAUUGUGCAGUUGUAUGGAAUAUGCAGGGGGGAGACGCUGAUGAUGGUUCAAGAACUUGUAGCCAUGGGUUCAGCAUUGGAUUACAUACUUGAUUACCCCAUGCACACGGCGGUGUCCGACUUUAAACUAUGGGCGGCACAAAUAGCAAGCGGGAUGACUUACCUCGAAGAAAAAGGGUUUGUCCACCGCGACCUUGCAUUGAGAAACAUCUUACUCGCAAGUAAACAACUCGUUAAAAUAUCUGACUUUGGAUUGAGCAGAGCAGUUGGUGCUGGGAGUAAUUAUUAUAAAGCUUCGGCUGGCGGGAGGUGGCCUGUUAAAUGGUAUGCACCAGAAUCGAUAAACUACGGAACGUUUUCCUCGAGUUCCGACGUAUGGAGUUACGGGGUGACGUUGUGGGAAAUGUUUUCACGCGGAGACCAACCUUAUGGGAACAUGACAGGGGCUCAGGUUAUCCAAUAUAUUGAAGACGAUAAACGAAGAUUACAAAAACCUGACGGUUGUCCCGAUAAAGUUUAUUCUAUUAUGUCACAAUGUUGGGCGUACCAGGCGAAUGAACGACCAACUUUUCGAAGGCUUCACACCAAGUUUCGAAACGACCCUGAUUAUUUCAAUAUGCAAGUCCCUGGCCACCAGUGAACUAUUGUACUUAAUGUGAUUUUAUUGCAUCACAGUAGCGUUUGUUGUUGCGAUUAUGAUAAAAUAAGUUAAUAAUGGAUUUAAAUUGAUUCACCGUUCUGCCUAUGCAUACAAUGAAUGCUGCAAUUGCUCAUUUUAAUUCUUUUUAAUGUUCCGCCAUGUUUUUACAUCAUGAUGAUUGUAUUGUGACAUCACAAUGUAAGGUCUUGCCUCAACAAUGCUUUUAAGUGACAUAGGCAGUUAUUAUGACGUAUGCAGAGUUAUAUAUUCAGCUCAAUCAUUCAAUACAUUCUUGCUUCACAAA